AUGUCUCAGGUCCCAUGUCUCAGGUCCCAUGUCUCAGGUCCCAUGUCUCAGGUCCCAUGUCUCAGGUCCCAUGUCUCAGGUCCCAUGUCUCAGGUCCCAUGUCUCAGGUCCCAUGUCUCAGGUCCCAUGUCUCAGGUCCCAUGUCUCAGGUCCCAUGUCUCAGGUCCCAUGUCUCAGGUCCCAUGUCUCAGGUCCCAUGUCUCAGGUCCCAUGUCUCAGGUCCCAUGUCUCAGGUCCCAUGUCUCAGGUCCCAUGUCUCAGGUCCCAUGUCUCAGGUCCCAUGUCUCAGGUUCCAUGUCUCAGGUCCCAUGUCUCAGGUCCCAUGUCUCAGGUUCCAUGUCUCAGGUCCCAUGUCUCAGGUUCCAUGUCUCAGGUUCCAUGUCUCAGGUCCCAUGUCUCAGGUUCCAUGUCUCAGGUUCCAUGUCUCAGGUCCCAUGA